UAAUAAGUAAUUCUAAAGGAUUUCUUAGGUAUUUAUUAUUUCUCUAUAAGUCUUCCUUAUUUAAGUUUUUAUAUAAUAAGGCUUCUUAUAAGAUAGGUUUUAUAAUAAUAGUUUUACUAAUAAGUAGUCCUUAA